AUGGCCAAAAAGGGAACCAUUUUCAUGGUAGUUUGUAUCGGGCUGGUGGCCAGCGUGCAGAGUGUAGCUUCGCUGGCACAAGAACGUCGCAACCUGGCGGCGGAAGCCUGUACAGACGAUGUCGGCGAAAGGCAACACUAUUCGGACCGGAGGAUCGAUCGCUUGGAUCAAGAUCAGGAGCAACGGCUACUGCUGUUCAAUCGGCUGGAUAGACAUCGCGACGUGGAGGAUCGGCGCGAAAAGGUGGACCACCGUGGAUUUGAUCGACUGGUAGACGUAUCUCGCCAAGAACGGUCAGCUCGCAGUGACACCGAUCGUGCUCCGAUCACCCGAGAACGUCGUGAAGAGGAGGUAGUGUUAUCUAGGCGUACGAAUGAGCGGCGUGAAAAUCGGCUCGAGGAACGUGCAGAUAAUCGUCGAGAGAUCCGCUUGGAAGACCGCCGGGACGAGCGUUUGCGGGACCGAGAACAACGCCAAGUAGAGCGUCGUCAGGAAGAUCGUCGUAUUACCGAUCGACGCCAAGAUAGGCAAGAAGAGCGCCGAGAAGAAUCCCGAGAGGGCCGUCGGGAAGAUCGCCGAGAAGUUUCCCUGGAGGACCGUCGGGAAGAUUCCCGAGAGGACCGUCGGGAAGAUCGCCGAGAAGAUCUCCGAGUUGACCAUCGUGAUGGACAACGACAGGAAGGCCGAGCAGAUCUGCGUGAAGGACGUCAAGAAGAUUCCCGAGAGGACCGUCGGGAAGAUCGCCGCGAAGAUUCCCGAGAGGAUCGUCGGGAAGGACGUCAGGCAGAUUCCCGAGAGGACCGUCGGGAAGAUCGCCGCGAAGAUUCCCGAGAGGACCGUCGGGAAGAUCGUCGAGAAGAUUCCCGAGAGGACCGUCGGGAAGAUUCUCGAGAGGACCGUCGGGAAGAUCGCCGAGAAGAUUCCCGAGAGGACCGUCGGGAAGAUCUCCGAGUUAACCUUCGAGAUGGACGACGACAGGAACAUGGAGAGGAGCGGCAGGAAACUCGCCGUGAAGAAAACCGAGACAAUAACCGAGAUGAACGGCGUCAGGAACGACGAGAGGAUCUUCGAGAAGAUCGUCGAGAAGAUCUUCGUGACGGUAACCGAGUCGAACGACGACAGGAACGUCGAGAGGAUCUUGAAAGACGCCUUGAAGAUUCCCGAGAAUAUCGGCGAGAAAAUCGCCGUGAUCUUCGCGAUGAUAACCGAGACGAACGACGAGAGAAUGUACGAGAGGAUCGCCGUGAAGUUCUUCGAGAUGAUAACCGAAAUGAACGUCGGCAGGAACUGGACCGGCAGGAAGACCAGCGUCGAGAGCAACGAGAGGAUCGCCGUGACGAACACCUUGAAGAUCGCCGUGACGAACACCUUGAAGAUCGCCGUGACGAACGCCUUGAAGAUCGCCGUGAAAACAACCGAGAGGAACGUCGCGAGAACUUUUUGGAGAACCGACGAGCAGCUCGUUUAGAAGAAUCUCCCGAGGAACGCCUUUCGGACCGUAGAGAACGUGCUGUGGAAAGACGCGUAGCUGCAGCAGAGCGUCGCAUCAGGGAGGAACGUCGUGAAAAUAGUCGCCGUGAGCCAGAAACACGUCGAACUGCUGAACGUCGUGAAACUGCUCGCAGGGAACGCACUGAGGACGAGCCACGUAGAAUGGAACGCAGAGAGACUAGCGAAAUGAAAUCAGAACGCCGAUUCGAACGUGCGGAACGUCGUUUGGAAGAAGAUCUCCGUCAGCACGUUGCCCAUCGGGAAGUCGAAGGGCGUCGCAAUGUUCGCGAGUUGAACCAUUUUACCGACCGCUACUACCAAGGUGAUGAGAAAUUGGUCGCCUUCCAGCAGGAAAACGCUUUCCUAUAUCAGCUGAUCCAAACCGCAGCACUGGUGGGCGUUGCUGGAUACUGGCUGCUUAAAGGAUCCGGUGCUGCGGAUCUGAAGCAGCAACCCAACUCGAUGGUGGCCGCCGUCCGGAAGCUUCUUGGGGUCGAACAAAAGUAA